UUGGCUCGAGGAAAAGAAAUACAUUUUGGAAUCGAAGACUUUGUACAAAAGUUAGCAAAACCGUUUUAAGAGCUCCAAGAUUUCGAUCGCCUUAUUCUAUUAAGGCUUUAUCUUUGAAUGGCUUCAAGUUUUUCUGAACUAAAGCCAGAAAAAAUUAGUUCUUACGCAGAAGAAAUACUUCGAGACUUCAGCAGUGAACAACAAGAAGACAAUAAUCCGCCAUUUUGGAUAAAAAGAGGAAGGCGAGUUAAGCACGAUAGUUUUUCCUCGGUUGAAAGCAACUCUUCAACAGAUUCGCCACUUUCUGAGUCCCCCAAAGGAGAAAUGCAUUCUACUAAAAAGACUGAUGGUAAAAAAAGAGGCCGAAGGCCUUCACAUUUAGACACUGAAGCUAAACUUGAACGUAGUCGACAGUCUGCAAGGGAAUGUCGAGCAAGAAAGAAAGUAAGAUAUCAACAUUUGGAUGAUAUGGUCACUACUAAAGAAGAAGGAGUCGUAAAACUAUGGCAAGAGCUUGAUAUGUAUCGGCGAUGGUGCAAAGCAGUUGAUCAAGGAGUUUUUCCUAAAGACAUGGUGAAAUUCCUCAAAGCUGAACGAAAGAAAUGAUGAAAGAUCAUACACACACCUUGAACACCUCACCAUGCAUGCAGGUUGCAAGAUGGAAUAUCCAACGCCAGUCUAUAAUAUUGCCACCAAGGCAUAUUGCAUAUUGGCAUAUUGGCCAAGUGUGGUUUACUCCCACCUCUCAUUUUGUCUACCAUUGGAACUAAUUUUAGCUAUUGGAUAAAUGGAAAUAUUCCACUCAAAUUCCACCAAUCACAGAAGAGCUUCUUUACUUGUUCCAUACCAGUGAGAAUACAAGAAGCCUGGCUUAGAUUUUUGAAAUAAUUCAAGCAAAUAAAUUGUAGAUCUGUCAACCUCCUGGAAGAUCUUUUAUAUGAAGGGGUUCUUGUACCUAACCAGCUAAUCCUAGCCCCUGACACUAAGAAUAAACAUCAUAUAUGCAAUGACAUGAAUCUUAGAAAAACUCUCCAAAUGAAAGUCAACUAAGCGAUAUAGUUUACCAUUGUUAUAUUAUAAAAACUUAGCUAUCCAAAAGUUGAUAGAGUGCACACCACUAAACCCUUGAAUGAUAUGAAGUAAUAAUAAGUAGUUAUUUAUACAGAAUCCUUUGUUUCCUAUUGUUUGAUUAUCACUCUUUAGUACUAAAGAUUAGUAUUUGUUUCACGGGUUUAGUGCAAGCACUCUACUGACAUAAGUUUUAAUUAUUUUAAAGCAAAGUCAAAUACACAAGAGACCAUUUGUGACGUGUUUAAUGAAUAUUCUGGUUGAAUGAUAGCAAUUAUUGGUCACAAAAUAGUACUAUUUAUCAGUAACAACUUGGUUUUUAUUUCAUGCUUUUUACUGUUGUGCUCUAGAUGUUAAAUAAGUAAAAACCACUUUAUUUUCAUUUGACUAAAAAUAUUUUAAAAGUAUAGCCAUCAAAGCCUGAUUCUUAUUUGUAAUACAUAGUAGAACAUAUUAUUUGCAAAGACUCUGCAACAUGAAUAUGAGUUUCAAUUCAAUGUUGUUUGGUCCUAUAUUUGCUUGUGUCAUAAGAACUGGCCCUCUUGAUGCUACUUUAUCACCUCAACCACUAAUUAUAAUGAGAUAUUGAUGUUAUAGCUAUUUUAGCAUAAACAAUAAUCAAUUAAUAUUGUGUUCAAAACCUGGAUUUCUGGUGAUUCAUCUUCUCUAAAAUAUUUUUUAGUAAAUUUUAUGUUAAGUCAUUACUUCCAAAUUGAGAUACAGUACAGUUUUUUUAUUUCUUUUGUGGAAAACGUUUGUACAAAUUGUUGUUAUAUUGCAUUUGUUUCCUAGAUUUCUUUCAUUUUUGUCCUUAUUGGAAUAGAAGUAAAAAAUAUUAUACUGCGUGUGUGUGUGUGUGCAGCCAGGUGACUCAAAAUCCCUUGUGAUAUGAAUAACAAUGAAACAACCGCCAUGUUGGUUGAUCUAACAAGAUAAACUAAUGAAGAAUGCUUUGCUAUUGUCAACCAAGAUGCUGGUUAUGACAUAAUAUGCACAUGCUCUAUUAUCAAUAAAUAGUGUGUCCAUUUAUAGAGUGCUCAUAUUUAAUAUUAUGUGAAAUAGCUCUGAGGUUGUUUUGCACAAAAUAGUGACUGUUUUGUCUUUUAUUGAAUUAUCAGUGGUAUUUAGUACUAGAGCAGUUUUCAUAUGACUGUGAAAAGCUCACAGCACGAAAGCAGUUGUGACACCUCAAGGCAUACUCCAGCCUGAUCACAUACUCCAUCCAAUCAAAUGCCUGAAACAUGGCAAAAACACAUUCAUGGACAUUCAAGCCAAUGCCAGUCCAAUCACAUCGCACAAGAAAAAAAUUCUAGAAAACAUUGUGAUUGUGGUAAGGCACGUGAAUGCUACCAACUUUUUGACAGUCAUGAAAACUGUUCCAUUGUGCUAAUUACGUGCUGUACUGCUGGUGUAUAUGGUAUUAUUAUGUAUUCUAUUAAAUAACCAUUCCUGAUAAAAAUCACGCAAUUAACUGUUAUUAUGUAAUAAUUUGUUCAAAUCUGCAACUGUAUGUACAUGUAUAAAUAAAGUAUAAUAAAGUAUA